AUGUCUAUCUCGCAAACGGAGCUCCAGUACCUCACCCCGCACACCGGGGCCACGGUCCCGAUCCCGGAAUCCUCAAAAGCGGCAGUCUCGACGACGCGCGACCGAUACACCACCGCCGCAACAGAGUCCGGCACCAGCAGAAGAAGCAGCGGCGACGAGAACGGCGUCGCCGCCGAUGGUGUCCUCCACGACGCCCACAGCGCGAGCCAGGAGUUCUCCUCCCUCCCGCCCGUCGACGGCGGAAAGCAGGCCUGGCUCUUCUUGGCUGCUUGCUUCGCCGUCGAGAUGCUCGUCUGGGGGUUUCCCUUUGCCUUUGGCGUCUUUCAGAAUUACUACUCCACGAACCCGCCGUUCGCUGGGCAGCCUAACAUUGCCGUCAUCGGUACCUGCGCCAUGGGAAUAAUGUACCUAGGCGGACCCAUCCAAACCGCCCUCCUCCGCCUCUACCCCCGCCAAACCCGCUACGCCCCCAUCGCAGGCCUCCUCAUCAUGUGCAUUGCCCUCGCAACCUCCUCCUUCUCCACCACGGUAACCCACCUCAUCGUAACCCAGGGCAUCCUCUACGCCAUCGGCGGCGGCAUCACGUACAUGCCCUGCAUAGUCUACAUCGACCAGUGGUUCGUCCGCCGCAAGGGCUUCGCCUACGGCAUAAUGUGGUCCGGCACCGGCCUCGCCGGCGUCUUGCUCCCCUUACUAAUGGAAUACCUCCUCGGCACCCUCGGUUUCCGCACCACCCUCCGCCUCUGGUCCGGGCUACUCUUCGCCCUCACCGCGCCGCUGGCCUUCUUCAUCAAGCCGCGCGUACCGGUGUCUACGACGACGACGACGACGUCGUCAGCGGACGCAACGCACGCGCGCCCGUUCAACAACAUGCGCUUCCUCCUCUCCCGCCCCUUCCUCCUACACCAGGCCGCAAACACAAUCGAGGCCCUGGGCUUCUUCCUGCCGGGGAUUUACCUCCCCUCCUACGCCCAAUCCACACUCGGCGCGUCCCCAUACGCGUCGGCCCUCACCAUCCUCCUCAUCAACGUCGCCUCCGUCGUCGGCUGCGUGGCGAUGGGGACCCUGGUCGACCGCUGGUCCGCGCCGUCGUGCCUGGCCCUCGCCAGCGCCGGCGCCACCGUCGGGACGUUCUUGCUGUGGGGCCUUUCGCUGAACUUGGGGGUGCUGUACCUCUUCUGCGUCGUGUACGGCCUCUUUGCGGGCGCGUACACGUCCGCCUGGCCGGGGAUCAUGAAGACGGUGACGGAGCACGAGAGGGAGCGCGGGAGGGGCGUCGAUCCGAUCAUGGUGUUUGGCAUGUUGGCGGCCGGGCGCGGGGUCGGGAAUGUGAUUUCGGGACCGUUGAGCGGGGUGUUGGUGCAGGGGAAGCCGUGGGCUGGGGAGGCUGGGUUUGGGUACGGGAGCGGGUACGGGACGUUGAUUGUGUUUACGGGGGUCACGGCCUUCGUGGGGGGUGCUACGUUUGUGUGUAAGAGGCUUGGGUGGUUGUGA